GGAAGAAACGCUGGUUCGUCCUGCGCAGCGGUCGGAUGAGUGGUGACCCUGAUGUCCUGGAGUACUACAAAAAUGACCACUCCAAGAAACCUUUGCGUGUCAUCAACCUCAAUUUCUGCGAGCAGGUGGACGCGGGCCUCACCUUCAACAAGAAGGAGCUGCAAGACAGCUACAUCUUCGACAUCAAGACGAGUGACAGGACCUUCUACCUGGUGGCUGAGACUGAGGACGACAUGAACAAAUGGGUUCGCAGCAUCUGCCAGAUCUGUGGCUUCAACCAGUCCGAGGAGAACACAGACACCCUGAGGAGCAUCGCCUCCAUGAACCACGCCCCGCGCUCCUCCCCAGCAGAGCUCAGCAGUGCCAGCCACCACCUGCUGCGAGAGCGCAAGUCCUCAGCGCCAUCCCACUCCAGCCAGCCCACCCUGUUCACCUUCGACUCGCCUGCCAGCCACCUCCAGAGCACCCUGUCUGCCAGUGCCCCCCAGGACUACCUUUUCCUCCACCAGUGUAUGAGCAGAAAGUCAGAAAACGCAAGGAGUGCCAGCUUCUCCCAAGCCACAAGGUCUGCCUUCUUCAUGCGGAGCGACACGGCGGUCCAGAAGCUCUCGCAGGGCAACGGGCACUGCGUGAACGGCGUUGGUGGGCAGCUCCACGGCUUUUACAGCCUGCCAAAACCCAGCCGGCACAACUCGGAGUUCAGGGACAGUGCCUACGACCUCCCGCGCUCCUUUGGCUCCUACACCCACCCCAAGUCGAGCCUCACCAGCUCCGAAACUGAUAAUGAGGAGGUCUACACCUACAAGACUCCCAACAACACCCUAUGCAAGGAGUUUGGGGAGCUCUCCACGGACUCCUAUGACAUCCCUGCCACCCCACUCUCCAUCUACCAGAUCCCCAGGACAUUUACACUGGACAAGAACCACAAUGCUCUGGCCGUGGCCGCCAGCGACUCACCCGCUGCACCACCCCCACGGCCCCCGAAACCUGGGCAGACAGAGCCACGGUGGGGCAGCCCACCCCAGCGGCCCCAGCCUGGUGAAAAUUUAGGUCUCACCCCCAUGGCAGCCACCAUUCCCCGGAGAAACACGCUGCCAGCAGUGGAGAACAGCAGACUGCACAGAGCUUCUUCUUGUGAGACGUACGAGUACCCCCAGCACGGGGGCGGCAGCGCUGUGCAGUCAGUCGAGUCCAUGAACGAUGGCUACAACUCCUACCUGCAGGCCAAGGCAGCGGUGGCCCGCUCCCACAGCACCGACUCCGAGGACAAUUACGUCCCCAUGAACCCUGGUUCCUCGCCCCUAAUCCACGCUGAGAAAGCCAACGACAAUGCCCAAAAUCUCUACAUCCCCAUGAGCCCUGGGCCGCAUCACUUUGACCUGGUGGGGUUGUCCUCAGCCACCCUUCCCGUGCAUAAAGGAGGAGCCGUGGCCCAGUGCCACAGACGGCUGAGUGAAAUUCAGCCCCCGCCAGUCAACCGCAACCUCAAACCCGACCGAAAAGCAAAGCCAUCACCGCUGGACCUGAGGAACAACACUGUCAUUGAUGAACUUCCCUUCAAAUCGCCAGUCACAAAAUCCUGGUCCAGGCCAACCCAGACCUUCAACGCCGGCUCUCUGCAGUACUGUCGCCCUGUCUCCUCCCAGAGCAUCACCAGCACUGACUCGGGAGACAGCGAGGAGAACUACGUGGCCAUGCAAAACCCCAUUUCUGCUUCUCCUGUUCCUAGUGGUACCAACAGCCCAGCACCUAAAAAGAGUUCGGGGAGUGUGGAUUACCUGGCCCUGGACUUCCAGCCAAGCUCACCAGGGCCACACAGGAAGCCCUCCACCUCAUCAGUCGCCUCAGAUGAGAAGGUUGACUACGUGCAAGUGGACAAGGAGAAGACGCAGGCGCUUCAGAGCACCAUGCAGGAGUGGACUGAUGUGCGGCAGUCCUCGGAGCCUGCCAAGAGCACGAAGCAGUAGUGCCUGCGGCAGGCAGCGAGACAGGAAAAUGUCCUGUUGGUUUUCCCCAGCUGCGGCCCCGCUGGGCAGCCAUAUCCACUUGGGCUGGAUUUCUAAGACUUGUCUGUGGAGGGGAGGGGGUGUCAUUUUUUUUUUUCUCUUAAAACAAAACAAAACUUAGUUUCAGGGGAAGACUUGGCAGAUACUGUUUGCCGGUGAUAAAGACCAACUAUGUUCGGUGGCUAGGUUUGUGCUUUAGCUGCUGGAUGCACUGUCCAGGAACUUUGACUUAGCAAUACCAGGUUUCACCCUACACAUCUUUUCCUAACAGCUAUUAAAGCCACCUUGUAUGUGCUAACACUGCAUCAUCUCUCCCCAUCUUCUUCCACAUCUUACCCUAAACCAUGCCACGCAGGUUUGCAGCAUCUCCCAUAGGAUAUCCUUCCCCAGCUCUGAUUCUCCACUCCUUAUGGUUGUCCUCUUCUCUGCCUCCUCCCAGUCCCAAAACUGAGCAAGGACCAUUGCUUUUGAAAUCACUUUUGUUGUCCUGUCUCUUGUAAAUAAUAUGCUCAAAACCUCUGAAGGCUGUUCUCCUCCUGGCUGGACAGCCCCCGAGGUUUUGGUUGGGGUUGUUAACCUUCAGGAGCUUGAUGAGCAUCCACACCAUCCCACUGAGCUCACUUAGGAGCCCAGAACUUGCCCCAUCAUACACACACAUACACGCCAUCACAUGCUCACAUGAGUUUGUUGGGGUGUCUUCUGUUUAUAUUCUCCCAUCAUCUCUCAAAGUCAGUGGGCUGGAGAGAAUGGCUUUGGAAGGGGCUGGAGGGAUUGGCUUUGGAAGGCAGAAUUUAAGCACUGACCCACUGCCUAUCUAAAACCAGUUCCUGUGAGUCUGACCCUAAAACCCAAAAUUUGCCUUUUGUGGCACCAAAAGAAGCCCAUAGAGUGAGAAUCCUACAUCAUGGCCAUUGUGAGAAGCUCUGUGGUUGAG